CAGCCAUUUUUUUGUCACUCACCAAAAGUCAAAGCGUACGGAUGUGCGUCUGUCGCGUCCGCGAUUUUCCGAGUGUUUUUGUGUUUAAAACAGUCCCUGUAACAUUACGCAUAAUCGAUUGCAUUCCUCAGUGUACGAUCAACUUUCCCUGCUGGUGCGGAGGCAGUGUCCGUUGAAUUUAGUGAUGCUGAUUGUGUUUGCCGCCGGAAGUGUUUCUCCGUGUUUGAUUGAUAGUGCAUUGUGGUGGUGCGUCGUGUAGAGUUUUGAAAAGUAGUGUUUUGCUUUUUUCUGUAUGUUGUCUGUAGCGAUACAAAAUUGUUACAUUCGUACACACAGAUUGCAAGGAAUUUGGUGAUAAAUUUAUGUUUUUUGGAGUGUUUGUGAAGUUAGUGCCCCGCGGCCUUCCUUCCUUCCUCCCUGACCAAAGUGAGUGCAGAUUAAGGUGCAGCUGUUCCGAGACAAAAAAGCGUAGUUCAGAGUUCAGUGUGCGACUGUGUAGCUGUUGAGCCCCCGAAAGGAGUACAGCAAACGUUGGGGCAGUGUUUGAGGAAAAAAGAGAUUUCCUCGCUUUGUUUUGGAAGCUUUCCCUUUGGAUUGUAAUCGAAACACACGCUGCUUCCGCCGGUCGGGCUUCACUGGCCGGGCUCCGUCUCUCUCACGUGUGGAGAACAGCGGCCAAAGUAGGCGCAGAAAAUCGAGCGCCCCUCCUCACGUGGCGGUUGCACACACAACCGCACUGUGUACGGCAACCACACCACGGGUAUGUUUUUGCAGCCCGAACUGCAAUGGUUACCGGCUGCAAGGUGAACAGCAUCAGCACCUUCGCCGCCAGUCCACCGUCGCGUUUCCGAAUGCAGCAGCCAUCGGUUUCCGUCACGCACACUGCAACGACGACGACGACGUCGACCGUGUCACGGUCAGCAGCAACGCCGGCAGCACGCGGCAGUUAAUCACAGCAGCCGACGGUUGUGGGCGCACGAAACGCGAAGGAGAGCUUCCUCUUGCUGGGGAAGAAGUCCCAAGGAACCGAAAAAAAAAACACACACACACACACACACACACACACGCACAACGUGUCUGAGAAAGAUGCCGCUGCUAUGACGAAUCCGGACGCAACCCAUUCCGGAUGACUUCAUCGACCCCCGCGUUGUUGUGUUUCCGUGCACUGGCAGUUUAGGGGAAGGUACAAAGUGCGGGACCAGAUCGGAUUGUCAUCUGCGAGCGCGCGAGCGAGAGAAAGAGAGUGGAGGAGAGCGAGAGAGAUUGAGAGCGGUCGACCGAAAACAACACGCCGCACCCGUUGACAGUUGCGCUCGAGACGUGCGUCGUCAACGAUCGUAGCAGCAGCAGCAGCGCAGCAGUAGAUCUCUUCGCAGCAAGCUCUGCGAUACUUUAGUCGUAGCUGCUAUGGCUUAUCGAAAAUCGUGAAUUCCGUUGCCACGCGUCUGUGUUUUGUAGUGAGGUGAGGUGUGUAAACACUGCAACUGUGAAUGUGUGUCCCUUCUUCCAAAGUAGUUCCAGAAGUGCCGCUGCUCCGUGUUUUGUGCAAACCUCAUUUUCCUUUCCGAAAGAGCUAGUGGAGAAAGUGUGCGAAAGGUUUGUUUUUUUUUUUUUUUGUUUUGCUGUGCUCGCCCCGUUGGUGAAGAAGAUCACUGAGCAGCACACAUACAGUGGAGCAAGAAAAUUUAAUCAGUGAAUGUGCACGUGGAAGUGAAUUUAAAAAUCAACAUCCUCCAGUGAAUGUUGAUAUUGGAGGCGCAUUGCUUUCAAACAAGUGCGUCCACUUUGUUGUUUUGUGUGUUGCAUUGUUUUGAGUAAGAUAGAGAGCCCAUGUUCGUGCAACGAGAAAUUUGAAGCAACAAAUUUCAAGCGUGAUCGAUCAGUGUGUAUGUUUUUUUUUUCGUGCAUGUGAAUGCUCCGAUUCGCUUAUCGUGAACGGGGAGUGCAAAAUAAAAGCAGAGAAAGUGUGUACACGUCGCCAAUUCAAGUUGCACCGAUUGUUUAUCUGUGACAACGCGGUGUCGGUGUGCGUUCAAUACAACGUGUGUAUGUGUGCGUCUCUGUGCGUGUCCAAUCGGUACAAAUUGGGUGGCACAGUGUGGUAAUACGAUUUGGUUGAAUUUAAAGUGCUUUCACAGUGCUCACGCGGCAGCAACUGUCAAAACCAAUAGUGCGAUAGAGAGUGAGAGGGAAAGCAGUGCAGAGUGUCACUUUGUGCGGAAGGAGAAGCAAAAUAGAGAAAGAGAGAGAGAGAGAGUGCAAGAAAAAAGUACACAAACAACUCCGUUACGGCACCACAGUUUGAUAACUUCGGAAAUCCGUGGCCCGUUUGUAGUGGAGAGGCAGUGAAUACGAAUAAAAAGAAGUCCGGAAAUUCGACGUGUUUUCGUCUCUCGAUUAUCCCCCCCCCCCACCCCCCUCCGUCCACGAGCACAAGAUCCGAUCGCUCGGGUGGAUUGGAUGAAGGGAAAGAUGGCGAUACUGGCGGUGGUGUUUUGCAUUUUAUGAGUGAAAGGAAAGUGCUUUACCUCCACACAACCCUAAGGAGCACCGGAAAGGGAGCAGAGGCAGCGGUGGUAGGCGCAGCGACCGUGCAUCCACUACUGCUUCCCUUUCUGCUAACCCCCUUAGCCCCGUGAUCGUCAACGAUGAAUUCCGUGUUUUCUGCAUUUAAAGCUUCAUCCUCUGCGUCCUCGUCCUCCUCGGCGACGACGACAAAUUCCAACGGCAUCGGUACCGGCCCACCAUCCUCCAGUGGGCACGAUCCUACCGGCAGCAGUAGCAACGGGAUGGUCCUCACGAACGGCAGUGCCCUGAUGGGCACCAAAGCCUCCUCACUGACGGGCUCAUCCACCUCCUCGAAGCUGCUGCUCAACAUCAAAACUCAUCGGCCAGCGGUGGCCGACCAUCCGCCCAACAGCAGCUACGAGAAGCUGCGCCAUAUCCGCGAGAUCAGCUGCACCAAUCGCAACAACAGUCUCGUCGUUGGUCUGGAUGGUGACGAACUCACCCCGGCCACAACCACGCCAGAAGACACCUCGGUUGCAACAACUCCCGUCCAGAGUCCGAUGGCACUUGACGAGGAUUCAUCCGCCUGCCUACUACUGAACGGGUCCGCUGGUCCUCGAAUCAUGAGCAUCGAUCAGGUGGAUAGCAGUAGCAGCCAUCAUCACCAUCUACACCAGCAGCCGACGACGGCGACGGCGCAACUACCUUCCCUGCUGGUGAAUGGUACCGGCAAACUGCACCAAGCAAAGGCUGACACAACGACCAAGCAGAGUGAUAGCAGCAGUAGUAGAGCAGCAGUAGCUAGUAACACUAACCACAGUGAUAAUGGGUGUCUGUCGAAGAAGAAGAGCACCUCCACCUCCUGCACGGACAUCGGGACGACGGCGACGACGACGACAGCACCGGUACCGCUGGCAAUCAAACCUCCAUCCGGUGCUGCUUCCCUAACGACGGCGUCCUCCAGUGCGCUCUCUUCGGCGGACGGUGGCGCCGCGUCCAACGGUACAGUCACUAGCAUGCCACCCAGGUUCCACAAACCGAGGUUAAGCUUGAGCAAUAGUUGCGGUGGAGGAAGCAGCAGCGGUCUUUCCACCAGCAGUAUGCCCUCAGUCCAUGGACGUUCCGGACCGAACGCCAACGGUGGAUCGUCAUCGUCCGGGAUGCCACCGCCAAAGACGAGACUUUCAACGCACCAAAGAAAUCUUAGUUUAGAUUUUAGAUCAAUGGGAAUUCUCUUACCUCCAGUGUCGCAGGUGACCAACAAUCGCAUCAACAUGACCCAACAUCACCGAAAUCGAAGUUUAGAUAGUGCACUGCAACGAAUACCGGAGGUGGAAGUGUCCUCACCGAGCGCAGAGUCAGAAAACACACUGCACUGCACGAACGGCAUACUGACCGGUACGAUGUGCAGCAAAAUCAUCCAAUCCUCGUCCACCAAUCCGACCAACACGCCGAGCAACAGUGGCCGUGGCAUUAGCUCAAUGUCCCUUACCGCCGGCUCGGGCAAAAGUGGUUCCAACGGCAGCGAAGCGGAUGCCGACACGGUUGUUACAACAGCAGCUGCCUCAGCAACAAACAGUACGACGCAUCAUCAUCAGCCCAGUCGGCAACAGAUGAGCAGAAAGAUGGAUCUUCUAGAGCAAGGUGCCACAUUGAGGACACUGAAGGGUAGUCAUUCCAAUGAUGCUGAAACGAUCGUAAACUCGAUCGUAAAGGACAGUGACAGCAAAAAGCGCGAAGAUCUAACGAGUCUCGGAUCGGAUGACUCUGGCAUCAUUUGUGGUUCGGAGCCUGAUCACACCUCGUUGACGCGGAUCCGGCGAUCACGCGAGAGCCUAGACUCGGGCGAGAUCGAUCCAUCGGAGGAAGAGUGCAUCGAAAUAUUGGAGACCACGUCCAUGGAGGAAGAGUAUCGGAUGCUUCAAUCCGACCUGUGCUUCUAUCCUACGGCCAUGGACCGAACGGCGAAAGAAGACGGAAGCGACUCGGACUCGAGACCGCUUGACAACUGCAUCGAGCAGCCGCCGGCGCAUCAGUCUACCCUAACGUCCGCGAACAACACCGGUCCGCUGAGCGACAAAGUGCGCUACCGGCAACAAAACAUGACCCGUGCCGCCAUCAUGCUCGAGAAGCUGUUCGUUCCGAUCAACUACGAGGACGGAGAGAAUGCAGCAGCGGUUGAUGGCGACGGCGGCAGUAGUCUCGGCAACGAGGAAGACGAAAUGCUUUCUCAUCCAGAUGCCGCGACACCGAUCGUUUCGGAGGGCAAAAGUCUGACGACGCCUACGAACGCCGUGACACCGACGGGUCCAUCCUUCUCGCAGCAGCAGCAGCAGCAGUCUGCUGCUUCCACCAACGUGCCAAGUACGGCGGCGGUCAGUCCGAGCGACACAUCCAAGCCCGCCACCAGCGAUCCACCCAAGGCGGACCAGAAGAACGAGGUAAUGUUUCGCAAUUUUUUCGGCGCAACCAAGAACGCCAUCUUCCGGACGGCGCAAAGCAUCAUCGAUAAUCACGAGAAGAAGCAUGCGAAGCAGCGAGAAAAGCAGGCAGCAACGACGAGCGCCACGACCCCGGACGAUGCUGGUGUGACGCCGGCCGUGGGUGGAGCAGCACCCGGUGGGACUACGGCAUCGUCGACCAGUACGGUGAAAUCCCCAACGGAGCUGCUAAGAAAGCGAGAGUUUGGCAGCAUGUUUGCGAGAAGCAGCAACAGCAGUAAACAUCAUCAUCACAACCAGCAGCAGCCAGCAAGCAGUAGUAGUGCCGUCACACCGACCGCAACCACGACGACAGCCUCAGCGUCGAUGGAAUUCGACACGACGUCCUCCUCGACGGAGAGCGGCAGCAGUCAGCUGAACAUUCCCAAGGCGUCACUUUCGAAAUCGUCCUCGACUGCUUCGCUGAAGGUGGUGCCGGGUGUGGCGGUGGCCGCAGUUCCUUCGACCUGUAGCACCACCGCUUCGUCGUCCUCCUCCUCCGUGGCACCAUUCUCCAGCAGUGGACCACGCGACGAGUCGCAGAUCCGCACCGAACGAACGGGACAGAGUGGACUGUUGCGCUUCUUCGAGUCGCCCGUCUUCAACAUACACUUUGCCGUGCACUACCUGUUCUACUCGAAGGAGCCGGGUGUGCUGAGCUUCAUCGGCAACAAGAUCUUCAGCUUCCCGCACAUCGAGGUGGACCUGUACAUCCCGCAGCUGAUCGUGAUGUACAUGCAGAUCGAGGAGCUGUCCGAGGUGCUCGACCCCUACCUGGUGUACCGGUGUCGGCAGUCGGUGGACUUUUCGCUCAAGUGCGUGUGGCUGCUGGAGGCGUACAACUUCAACACGGAGAUGCUGAGUGGCGCUGGGAACAGUAUCCGCAAGCAUCUGAGCUUGCUGCGCGAGCUCUACCCCAAGCGGGAGCGAGUGAAGCUAGCAGCGGCUGCGGCCAACAAUGCACCCAUCAUCACCACAACCGGCAGUGAACUGCUGGCGACCGGGAACGAUCCAACGCUGCAGGCACAUCCAGCACUGUCCGCCGUGCGUAAGACGCACCAUCGUUCACAGUCCGAUGCUACGGGUAUGAUGGGACUGCUGGCACAACAUCACCACCACCAUCACCACGCUCAUCAUGCCGCGCCACUACCCGGUGGAGUGCCCGGACCGAGCAGCAGAACACCGGUGUGUCUCGGUGAUCUGAGCACGGGCCGUGCAUUCGACAAUGGAUGCGUGUGCUUCGAGUCCGUCCGCGGCACGGUGAACGAUCUGCUCGGCCAGCAGACGGUGUGUUCCUGCGGUGCACCCAAGCUAGCGCCCGAGAAAGAGUUCAUGAAGGCGCUGAUCGACAUCGGCAAGAUGCUCACCUGUCUGCAGACCAAGAUCGAGAAGACCUCCCGGCUGCGCAUUCUGCUCAAUCUGAUCAACAAGAAUCUGCCGGCCCGCGUGUGGCUGCCGCUGCACUCCGAAACGCCUCAUCACGUGGUGCGCAUUACCGAGGAGAAGACGGCCGUCCUCAACUCGAAGGACAAGACGCCGUACAUUAUCUACGUUGAGGUGGUCGAGGUGCAGGACAUCUACACCUCGCCCGUCAUCCCGAAGAUGAUGCCGACGCUGCGGCAUACCAAGAGCGAGGAACGGCUUGACAGCAGCAUCAGCGCCAGCGCACUGAACGGCGACGAAGCUGGCAGCAACCCCAGUAAGACUGAACAGACCACGGCCUGCCAACAAACGGGCGAUGAGACUGCUGCUGCUGCUGCUGCUCCACUACCGGCUGCAGCUGCCGCUUCGCUAGCGGCGUCACGAAGCAGGCACAGCAAACUGUCCGAGUGCUCGGUGGACAAUGGCGGUAACGGUGGCAACGGCGGUGGCAGCAUGAUGGAGCUUGGCCUAACCGAGGACGACGUGUGGUCGCAGGAGGACGACGAAAUCACGGCCCAGUAUCUGAGUCUCACGAAGAUGUCCAGCGACCGGGAUGCGAUAUCGCAGUUCUCUGUCGAUUCCUACGACUCGCGCGACCAUCAUACUCCGGCCCUGUUUAACAUCGGCGAGGUGAAGAAGCGUCAUUGUGCCAACCUUAACUCGGAGAAUGCGAAACCCUUCAGCAAUGAUCCGUCGGAUCCAUCCGCUGCGGCGCUUAAAGAACCGUGGCACGAGAAGGAGAAACAGAUCCGAAACUCAUCACCGUACGGACAUCUGCAGAGCUGGAGGCUGCUCUCUGCGAUCGUUAAAUGUGGCGAUGAUCUACGGCAGGAGCUGAUGGCCACGCAGCUACUACAGAUGUUCAAGCUGAUCUGGGAGGAGGAAAAGGUUGGCCUCUGGGUGCAACCGUACCGGAUCGUCUGUCUGUCGAACGAUUCUGGGCUGAUCGAGACGAUCGUCAACACCGUUUCGCUGCACCAGAUCAAGAAGAACUCGAACAAAAGCCUGAAGGACUACUUCAUCGAUGAGUUUGGCGACGUGGAGACGGUCGCGUUCCGUCGGGCGCAGCGUAACUUUAUGCAUUCCUGCGCUGCCUACUGUCUUAUCUCCUAUCUGCUGCAGGUGAAGGAUCGACACAACGGUAACAUCCUACUGCAUUCCGAUGGACAUCUGAUCCAUAUCGAUUUUGGGUUCAUCUUGAGCAUAUCGCCGAAAAAUUUAGGCUUUGAACAGUCACCGUUCAAACUGACGCCCGAGUUUGUAGAUGUGAUGGGUGGCCCCGAGUCGGAGCUGUACUGUGAGUUCAAGUAUCUGCUGCUCGAUGGACUGAAAGCGGCCCGCAAACACAUGGACCGCAUCAUAAAUAUUGUGGAAAUUAUGCGAAGCAGUUCCCAGCUGCCCUGCUUCAAGAAUGGCUGCUCCGGCACGGUUCGCAAUCUGCGCAAUCGCUUCCACAUGAACCUGACCGAGCAGGAGCUAGAGCGAAAGGUGGAGCAGCUGAUCCAGGACUCGCUCAACUCGCUCUCGACCAAGCUGUACGAUGGCUACCAGUACAUCACGAACGGUAUCUUGUGAGAGCGAUUCGAUAUGCACAUCUAAGCAUGCCGUUUCAUUUGCCAUCGAGCAGCAGGAACGACUUUUGUUGUGCGGAGGACAGGAUGAACCAAACAAACGUACACACACGCGACGAAAAAUAGGCAAUUUGAAGAAAAAAAGAAGAAAGAAGAAAACGAAACAGUACAAAAACGCGUAUCGGCCAAACUGCAUUGUUGUGCGUCCAUGUGUGUGUGUUAGUGUGUGUAACGUGGUGAAGAAAGGACAGCAAACCGGAAGGCGUUAUCCAAAUUUACAUAGAAAAAAGGCUAGCUUCUUUCAUUUUCCCUUGCUAUUUUGGCCUUGUGAAGUUCGAAUGUUGUCUUCUCAAUGUUGCAUUUUCAAACGUGUCUCGUGAGUGAGCUUUCACUGGAAGAGGAUAAAAGAAGGUAGAAAAGUUAUUCUUUUUUUACAUUUUAUUUUACCUUAUACUCUCUUACAAGAUUUGUUGUACAUAUAAAAAGCGGUAAGGAAAUUAAAUCAAAAAUGCCACUCUUGGGGAGAUAAAAACUAGAAUAAUUCAACCCAUAGAAGGGAGCUACGAACCGAAGGAAUGUGUAAAAACGGAUAGCAUAAAGGAAUAUACGUUAGCUUUUUGUAAAAACAACACACACACCCAUUAAACUUCAAGAUUCGCUAGCUUUUUACUCUCAAUUCUCAAAACUUGUGUGUGAAGGUGUGUGAAAGGAGAAAAAGUCUCACAACAGCCGCCCGUCCUUGAAACAAAAAAAAGGAAGAAAAAUGGUCUUUUGUGUGCAUGUACAUGGUUAAAGAAUGUAUAAUAGUAGCGAUUUGUUGUAAGCUCGGCCGAGAGAGGGAAGGAAUCGAACCUAUCGGUUAAGGAAACCCCGCGCGCUCCCAUCCUUACCCUUUUCUCCUUCCCUUUACGUAGUAUGUAGGUUGCAUCGCGCACGCACGUUAAGAAGAAGAGAUAAGAAAAAACAAACAGUUUCAUUUCUUUUGCGUUUGUGCACUUGUUGUAGGCUAGCUUUCCUGUGUAGGUGUAGUUCGUGUUGUCAUGUAAUGUCGCAACGUAAAACAAAAGAGUCUUUAAGCCCCUGCUGGUUGAAAGAAGGGAAAUGAAGAAAAAAGCGUGAAAAAUGUACGAAGCUUUUUAAAAAUAAUCCACCAAACACACACACAGGGAUGUUGCUUAGAAGAAAGAUAGAUUACGAAGAAGAAGAAGAAGAAGAAGGACCUGAUUAGGAAAGGUGGUUAUGUUUUACGUUACACGCGUUACGUUUGUUGCUGGCAUCGAAUCGUUGUGGGUGAAAGCCAAUAAUGUGGGGUGUAAAAGAAGGAAGGAAGGAAGGAAGGUUCUUCCCCUCUUCACUAGCCCCUCUAACCUUGAAUGUGUAUACCUACUGUUCGUUUUUCGGCCCGUUUUUUUCCGCAUUAGGUAGAGUAAAUAAGCUUUUGCAGCCCUUCUGCGAUGAAGAUGCGAUGCUGUGUUUGUACAUAUAUGUAUCACUAAAGCAAACGAAACGAUAACACAAAGAGAGACAGACAGGGAAAGCGAAAGAGAGGGAACUAUUUGAGUGAAGCAAACGGGGCUUGUAGAGGAAAGUUUGUCCAAUUUCACCAAUUUCUUCGGUUCAAACAAACAGUACAGUUUAUGCUCGUCUUUCCUGUGCAAAGUGCGUGUAAGGAUAGGAUAAUCACUGCAAACUCGUCCUCAAACCGUAAGCGAAGCUUUUCUUAGUGUCUCCCUUGAUUGAUAAAGUGGUCAGGUGUGGAUUGGCACGGGAAAAGGGAAUGUAAUUCGGCAAACAAAGCAACCAGGAGGGAAAGAAUCUAAAUGUAUACACAAACAAACACACACAUUAACCCUCUCGUUCUCCCACUCUCUCUCUCUCUCUCUAUCUCUUAAACUCUCUUCGCUUUUCAUUAUAUCUCUUGCAAACAUAUUCCUUAACUCUAGUAGUGUAAUUUAACGAAAAAAAACGCUAAAACAAAAGCUAAUCCAAUGAACCGCGAGAUAGGACGGAAAUCGAAGAUGCGGAAAGAUGUGUACCGAGUUUGGAAAACGAUAAGAAUACUCAAUGGUGGUGUAAACUCAAGCUGGAAAGCGAAAAAGCGAUGAGAUUCCGGUUCGAGAAAAAAAAGGUAUGUUGUAAAGGUCUUGCUUUCAUCUUUCCUUUGUUUUGCUGUGGUUUACAUAGUUAUUAUUAUCAUUAUUUCUCCAGAAAAGGGUUUAUUUUAAAACGUAAAUUUUGUAUAAUUUUGAGGAAUAAGCAAGAGUGUAGGUCGAGUGGAAAGGAAUUAUUUAUACACUCAAGGAAUCACCAACAAACAGAGGAAACGGAGCGUGUUACACCAUGUGCUAUAUAUAUGUAUAUGUAUAUUCAAUACCGUUCACUUAGUACGUUCCGAGUUUAGUGGUGUGUGUAUGCUAUGUAUCGGGAUUUUCCGUUUAUACAUACAGACACGCAUACAUACAUACCUACAUAAGCCGCAUACACGCAUGUUACUACUUUACCUUAGCGUUUAUGAUUAUUCUUAAGUUUAAAAACAGUUCAGUUAAAAAAAAGUCAGAAGAGUCAGAACUCGGAACGGACGGAAAAUGGAGUAUCGGGCUCUGCUCGCGCCGUCAUACUUUUUGUACAGAAAAAAACCCCCGCAAAAUGAAUGUUGUGCCCCCACCCUCCCUGUAAACUGUAAGGAGAGUGACUAAAAAAAGGAUAGAAAUUGUAUCCUUUUUGGUUUUGUGUGUUUCCAAGGCAACAAAGGAGCUAAAAGAAAACCCGUUGUGCCAAACCGUUCAAGAGGCGGCGGCGGUGCGGUGUACGGCGUAGACAAGCAGGAGGGAGAGAGGGACAGAGGCGCGGUAAGAGGUAAAAAGUAGGCUUAGACAACACAUUAAUAUAAUUACGGCGGUAUAAGAAGAUAGAUGGGAGGGAAGACAGAGAGAGUAGUAUCGGAAAACGAUGGAGAACGAUUGCAACAGUCAGGCGGCAGGAAAGUUGAUACAACACUACUCACGGUCUUUUUUUUUGGGCGGAUGUGGGAGAAAAUGGAAAAAUUUUGUCGUCGAAAUUUGAAUAUAAGUUGAAAAAAAAAAUCUGAUGAUAACAACA